AUGGUCCGCACCUCCGUCCUCAACGAUGCGCUCAACGCCAUGAACAACGCCGAGAAGGCGGGUCGCCGUCAGGUGCUCAUCCGCCCUUCUUCUAAGGUCAUCAUCAAGUUCCUGCACGUCAUGCAGAAGCACGGCUACAUUGGCGAGUUCGAGGAGGUUGACGACCACCGCUCCGGCAAGAUCGUCAUCCAGCUGAACGGCCGUCUCAACAAGUGUGGUGUCAUCAACCCCCGCUACCCCGUUCAGCUCCGUGACCUCGAAACCUGGACCACCCAGCUCCUGCCCUCUCGUCAGUUCGGUUUCCUCGUCCUGACCACAUCUGCUGGUAUCAUGGACCACGAGGAGGCCCGCCGCAAGCACGUUGCUGGUAAGCUCCUCGGCUUCUUCUACUAG